AGUCGGAGCAGGAUGGGGCGGCGCGGGGAGAUGACGUCAAGGGCAAAGCCGGGGCUGGGAGGUAUGGCCGGGGACCGGCUCGGAUUCGAGCAACUAAGGAGCAGCGGCGGCGGCGAGAGCAGCAGAUACGGACUGAGGUGCGAAGCGAGCCGCUGAGGCAACGGGGUCUGCUGGGCGCGUGAGGGGAAGGCAGCGAGCAGGCCCGCGAGGAGAAAAAGGGGAAAGGGCGGGAAGAAAGAGGAAGCGGCCCCGGCGCGACCAGCACCGCCGCCGCCACGAAUUGGGCUGUGUCCGAGCAGGGACGCUACGAUGUCGAGCGGGGCGCCGAGCAGCGCCGUGUCGGACCCCCAGCACCCGGCCCGGCUCCUGAGGGCGCUGAGCGCCUUCCGCGAGGAGGGCCGUUUCUGCGACGCCCAUCUGGUGCUUGACGGCGAGGAGAUCCCGGUGCAGACCAACAUCCUGGCCGCCGCCAGUCCUUACAUCAGAACAAAGCUGAAUUAUAAUCCUCCAAAGGACGAUGGCUCUACGUAUAAAAUUGAACUUGAAGGGAUAUCUGUAGACAUUAUGAAAGAGAUAUUGGACUACAUCUUCAGUGGUCAGAUCAAGCUAAAUGAAGACACCAUCCAGGAUGUUGUUCAGGCUGCUGAUUUAUUGCUGCUUACCGACCUGAAAACUCUGUGCUGUGAGUUCCUAGAGGGUUGCAUUGCUGCUGAGAACUGUAUUGGAAUUCGGGACUUUGCACUACACUAUUGUUUGCGUCAUGUUCAUUAUCUUGCUUCGGAAUAUCUGGAAACACACUUCCGGGAUGUAAGCAGUACAGAGGAGUUCCUGGAACUAAGUCCUCAGAAAGUAAAAGAAGUGCUGUCCUUGGAGAAGCUGAACGUUGGGAACGAAAGACAUGUUUUUGAAGCGGUUAUUAGAUGGAUCUCCCAUGAUUCUGAGUUAAGAAAGGUUCACAUGAAGGAUGUAAUGUCAGCUGUGUGGGUUUCUGGGCUAGAUGCUACCUACUUGCGUGAGCAAAUGAUGAACGAUCCAUUGGUACGGGAGAUUGUCAAAGAGUGUAGCAACAUUCCACUCACUCCGCCACAACAGGGGGAGGCAAUGCUAGCUUCUUUUAAACCCAGAGGAUAUUCGGAGUGCAUUGUGACUGUUGGAGGUGAAGAAAGAGUAUCCCGGAAACCAUCAGCAGUAAUGCGCUGUAUGUGCCCUCUUUAUGAUCCUAACAGACAGCUGUGGAUAGAACUGGCUCCUUUAAGUACACCCCGGAUAAAUCAUGGUGUACUUUCAGCAGAAGGGUUCCUGUUUGUACUUGGAGGUCAAGAUGAAGAUAAAGCCACUUUAGGCUCUGGAGAAAAAUAUGAUCCAGAUACCAAUUCGUGGAGCUCUUUACCACCAAUGAACGAGGCACGGCACAACUUUGGCUUGGUAGAGAUUGAUGGAGUGUUAUAUAUUCUGGGAGGUGAGGAUGGAGAACGGGAGCUCAUCUCUAUGGAGUCCUAUGACAUUUACAGUAGGACUUGGAAGAAGCAACCAGACCUGACCAUGAUUAGGAAGAUUGGAUGCUAUGCAGCUAUGAAAAAGAAGAUCUAUGCAAUGGGCGGUGGCUCGUAUGGCAAGCUUUUUGAGUCUGUUGAAUGUUAUGACCCACGGAUCCAACAGUGGACAGCUAUCUGUCCACUAAAAGAGAGAAGGUUUGGGGCUGUGUCCUGUGGAGUUGCUUCAGAACUCUACGUCUUUGGCGGAGUGAGAAGUCGUGAUGACAAUCAAUCCAGUGAGAUGGUGACGUGUAAAUCAGAAUUCUAUCAUGACGAAUUUAAAAGGUGGAUCUACUUGAAUGAUCAGAAUUUAUGCAUCCCAGCCAGUUCUUCAUUUGUGUAUGGAGCUGUGCCCAUUGGGGCUAGCAUUUAUGUGAUUGGGGACCUUGAUACAGGUACCAAUUACGAUUACGUUCGAGAAUUUAAAAGAAGCACUGGAACCUGGCACCAUACUAAGCCACUAUUUCCAUCAGAUCUUCGCCGCACCGGAUGCGCAGCUUUGCGUAUAGCAAACUGCAAGCUUUUCCGGCUCCAGCUCCAACAAGGAUUGUUCCGCAUCCGCGUUCCUUCUCCUUGAGAUAUCUUCAGAACCUGAGGAGAUGGAAAGAAUAUAAGAGAGUGUCCACCAUAACAAUAUAGCUUUAUAUAAAGGAGAAACAAACACCUUGCAGCAGAAACUUAAACUGUAUGCUCGGCUUUCAUAUGGUACCUGUUCUGACUUUUUUUUUUUAACUGCUUCAAUGCUUGAGCCUCAGCAUUUGCUUUGGGGCAAGUCGUACACUGAGAAAUGGUCAAGGAGAUAUCUACAGUUCAGUUUAUCUAAAGAUACUAAACCAUGCUAUUGAAGCAGUUCCUUUGCUUCAAACCAGGAGGAGUAGAUAAAAAAAUGAGACCUGUUGAAAUGGACUGGGGGUGGGGAAUAAGUAAGGUGCAGUUUCACCAAGGAGAAUUGUUAUGAAUAACUAUGCUGUGUUAAUCUUAGAUGUGGUUAAUAACCCAAGAAAUACUGUAUGAAAACGGAUCUCACUAGUACGCCAAAAGAGAC